AUGCGUAGCUGUCCAGCACGCCUCCCUUAUGGCGCAAAAUGGGAGCAAGCAAUUGUAGUUGCGUAUCCGAAGAAGGACGGUAAGGAAGCAAAGCCACCCGUGCCAGCGCCGCCGGAACCACCAAAGGUCUUUGUCAAUGCUCCGCAGACUGCGCCGUAUGAGCUUCAGGCUUCGUUUCAUCCGCCUAGGACGCCGGAGUUGGAAGCUGCCGAGAGACCAGUGGAACUGGAAGCUCCCCAGGGGAGGCCAAGGGCGAUUUCGGAGGUUUCGGCGCUGAGUGACUAUUCACAGGAGAAGGAGGCCGUGCCUGGUCCGCGGCAGAAUCAUCAAUCUUAUGCCAGGCGUUGA